AUGAACGCGGCUACCGCACCAGCCGCUGCCCCGGUCGCUGCUAACACCACCGCAUCGCUUCCUCCCACCAAUGGCUCGUCACUCCCAUCGGCAUCGACGGCGCAGCCAGCCACCUCGCUCUCAUCUUCCGCAGCUCCCUCUGCUCCUUCCUCGAUCCCCGCACCCACCGCUCGCCUUCAACUAAUCGACGAAGACCAAAAAUUCACCCCGCAACUCAACGACCGUCUCUCGCAAUGGGGUCUCCAGGACGCCGGCUUCGGCUACGACCUCUGUGCCGUCCUUGGUAGCCAGUCGACGGGCAAGUCCACCCUCCUCAACAAGCUUUUUGGCACCACCUUCGACGUCAUGGACGAGACACGACGUCAGCAGACGACAAAGGGAAUCUGGAUGUGUCGUGGCCAGGCAAUGAAUGUCCUGGUCAUGGACGUCGAGGGAACAGAUGGCAGGGAGAGGGGAGAGGAUCAGGACUUUGAGCGAAAGAGUGCCCUUUUCUCCAUGGCAAGCGCAGAGUGUCUCAUUGUCAACAUGUGGGAGCAUCAGGUCGGAUUAUAUCAAGGUGCCAACAUGGCGCUGCUCAAGACAGUCUUCGAGGUCAACCUCGGUCUGUUCCAAGCGGCAAAAGGAUCGUCAGCUUCAAAAGACAAGACGUUGCUCUGCUUCGUCAUCCGCGAUCAUAUUGGUAACACGCCCCUCGAGAACCUCCAGAACACUAUCCUCGCCGAUCUGCGCCGUAUUUGGGACUCCCUCUCCAAGCCAGAGGGGCUCGAGCAGUCCACAAUCGACACCUUCUUCGACUUCACCUUCGUGACCCUCCCACACAAGAUCCUGCAACCGGCAGAAUUCGACGCCCAAGUGAACCAGCUUCGUGCGCGCUUCGUCGACUCGAGUCGUAAGGACUUCAUCUUCAAGCCAGAGUACCACAAGCGCAUCCCCGCCGACGGGCUCCCGCACUACCUGGGCAGCAUCUGGGAGCAGGUCCAGACGAACAAGGACCUCGACCUGCCCACCCAACAAGAAUUGCUCGCCCAGUUCCGCUGCGACGAAAUUGCCGCUGCGGCAUUUACCGUCUUUGCCCUUGCGGUGAAAGUAUUCCGUCGCCCCAUCGAGCAAGGCGAGGUACUGGCCGACCUAGGCGUCCUAAUGGGAAAGCAUCGCGGCGUGGCCGUAGCCGAGUUCGACAAGGCGGCCAGUCGCUACCAUGCCGACGUGUACAGGCGUAAGCGAUCGGACCUCCUAGAGAAGUUGAACUCGACCCUCUCCCCUUUCUACCUCGGCCAGCUCAAGAACCUCCACAAGUCCAUCCUGGCAGCCUUCAAGGCCAGCGUACUAGACAAGCUGCGAGGCGAGGGAUACGAUUUCGCCUCCGUCGUCUCCACCGAACGAGAGCGGGCGCUCACCACUUUUGAGAAGAAUGCGGACCACAUGUGUCUAGACGAGACGGAUUGGAGCUACGAGGAUGAGCUGGACCAACUGCGCGUCAAUAUCACUGAAAUAGCGGACCAGUGUCGUCGCGAAGAGACGAAGAAGAUGGUCCUCCAAAUCGAGCGAAACGUGAAACGCGAUCUCGCCGAACCGACGGAGCUUGCCCUCUCCCGUCCGCAGCCAGACAUGUGGGAUCGGAUCCUCUCCAACUUCUCCGCUACGCUCGACAAGGCCGAAGUUGCGUACCUGCGCAAAGCCAAGAGCUUCUCCUGCACGGACGAGGAGAACGAAAAGGCCCUGCGAACGUUGAAGCGCCGUAGUUGGCUGGUCUUGCGCGCAAAGAUCGACGAGCAAACGGCAGACUCUGUUCUCAUCACUAAGCUGCGCGGCGCCUUUGAGGACAGAUUCCGCUACGAUGAGGCGGGUGUACCGCGCGUCUGGCGACCAGAGGACGAUAUAGACGGGCUCUUCCGGGUUGCUCGAGAUGAGACUCUCGCCUUGAUCCCGCUCUACUCUCGCAUCGCGCCCCAAGACUCAAGUAAAGCCGUGGAGCUUCCCUCUACCUCGGACGAUCCGGAAUCGGCCCACGCUGUCGCCCGCGGCGAGGAGGAGGACUUCGAUUUCCCUGCCUCUCUCGUCGUCUUCAGCGAGACGCGCAAAGCUGAGCUUGGAGCCCGCUUUAGAAAGGAAGCAGACGCCUACUACGUCGAGGCCAAACGUUCCACCGUUUCCACGAUGGCCCAGAUCCCCCUCUGGAUCUACGGCGUCAUUGCCGUACUGGGCUUCAACGAGUUUGUGGCCGUCAUUUCCUCGCCCGUCUACUUUACCUUCCUCCUCCUGGCGGGGACUACGGUGUACCUGAUCUGGUAUUUGGGAAUGAGCGGACCCGUGCUGAGCGUCGGGAAGGCGAUGGGACGCGAGGUGCAUAGGGUGGCCGACGAGAAGUUGAGGCAACAUUUCGCCCAGCCCGUACCCAUGCCUGCUGUACUGGCUGAGGGGGGGAAGAGAGCACCAUCGGUGGCGAUGGGUGCGCCGAGCAGGGGAUCUGGGGCGAGUUCGGAGCAGAAAGGGGAAGAGAUUGAGCUAAAGGAGAGACGGCCAGCUACGGACACUACGACGGCGACGGCGGGGGGCGCGCUGGAUAAUUGA